AUGUGGAUGCAUCAUCUACAGGACCGUUACGGCAAGAAGUUUGACUGUGAACCGUCUGCAGCUGAACCGGACCCAUUUCGUGAAGAGAGCCUAGGAAACGUGCGCAGAUUAUGGGUUCCGCCGUUCUUCGACGGUGACUUCCUUCGGCAUGGAUCAGCUGAUCGCAAGGUUGCUCGCCGCCGCGGAUGGAUGUUGUGUCUGUGUUCCACGUUCAGCAUAUGCGCCGUGUUUUACAUGUGGUUCCACUGCUACAAGGCUUCUUGCCGCGACUGCUCCCUUGUAGCCAAGGACUUGUCCGAAGCAACUGAUGGGGAAGUGGAGUGCCAUUGCUCCAAUUGCAUUGUGAAUUUCUUCUUCAGCCCGCAGACCCACUUCGAGAAGUGCUACUAUUCACUUCUCUUCUUCAGCGGUUUGGUCGUGUUUUACAUCUUUUUGGUGGCAAGGUCUUUGGCGUUUCAGAUUUUCCGCCAUUCGAAUCUGGCACAGCGGGACUAA